AUGUUUGUCGAGUUUUUGAGCAGUUGCGCUACACUAUGGGCACUGCUUAGCAAGCUGUCAUGGCCAGCCAUAUUCUUGAUAACUCUUAUACUUUACGUCUUGACAUGCUCCCUUUUGCGAUUCAGGAGCCUCCGUUCUAUGAAAUCCCGAUUCAACUUUCCCGAUAGGGCAUCUUUGGCUCGAAUGACCGGUUCAGAAGCGCAGGCAAUCAUCGAACAUGCUUAUACCUACGAGUUCCCUUUAUUCUUUGGCCUCUCAUUAGCAUAUGCGCAGAUGAAGACGUAUGCCAUUCAAAAUAUUGCAAAACUUCUAGCCGCGACAGGUAAUCUUUCCAAACAGAGCAAAGUGUCCAAGAGGUUCGAAGACACGGCACUCAUUUUUGCUUGUUUCAUGCUCUUCCCCCCGGAUUCCCCCCAGCUUCACGGCGCGGUGGCUCGAAUGAACUACCUGCACGGUCCCUACAUUCGGUCGGGCAAGAUCCAAAACGAAGAUCUACUAUAUGUACUGUACGCGGCUAUGAGCGAGCCCGUACGAUUCAUCCGAUUGUACGAAUGGCGAGAGCUUUCCAUGUUCGAGAUUGCCGCGCAGGGUACUCUUUGGAAGAUGGUCGGCGACAUGAUGGGCAUCAACUACACCGAGGCCCUUGGCAAAGACAACUGGAAAGACGGACUCGAGUUCAUGGAACAAGUAGAGCAAUGGGCGCUACACUACGAGACUGAUCGGCUUCGACCGUCGCAUCCUAGUCGGCAACUGGCAAACGCCCAGCUCGACCUCCUCACAUCCAUAUUUCCCAGCUUCAUGCGGUCUUUGAUGCGGCAAAUGGGUCUUGUCAUGAUGGGUGACAAGAUGCGUUGCUCGUUUGGCUUUCCGGAACCAAGCACGGCGAUUUCGGCACUUACCCUCACCCUUUUAUGGCUGCGGCAAAUCAUGAUGCGCUUCUUGAUGCCCCCUCGGCCAACUAGCCGUCGCUACGUCACGGACCCCGAUCCCAUAACGGGUCGCAUGUACAGCACUCACUAUGUCAAGGAGCCGUGGUAUAAUCAGCCGACUACAUGGGCGCGCUGGGGUCCCGCGGCAUGGGCGACUUGGGUAUUUGGCGGCAUGUUGCCCGGUGAUGGCGGUCAGGAGAUGAAGCCUGAUGGGUUCUUGUUCGAGGAUAUUGGGCCAAAGGCAAAAAUGGGCUUGGGUGCCGAGGAGACGAGGAACAUACAGGAGGUUGUUCAUGCAGCUGCCAUGGCUUCGGGACGGUGUCCCUUUGCUUUGAAAGAAUAG